ACUGCGUCUCUUCAAACCUCUGCUGUGUGUUCACAGGUUGGACCCAAACCUGUGCUGACGAUACCGGACGACCCCAGGGUCAUCGGAUUGUUCGACCUGAACCACUUCUCUGUGCGCAUCAUGUCUGUGGACUACCAGGCGUCCGGCCCGGGCCACACCCCUCCUGCAUCCCCUGGCCCCCGCCUCAACUUCAGCGAGGACUCCAAAGUGAUUCUUGGGGAUUCGGCGGACGAUGCAUUUGCCUAUGUGCACCACAUGACCCUGUAUGACCUUGAGGCUCGGGGCAUGGUGCGUCCUUUCUGCGUGGCGUACAUUUGUUCCGACCAGACGAAGCUGAUGGAGAACUUAUCUGAGCUGUCGACAGGCUUCUCUCAUGCCUCCGACAGCCUCAAGACGGGGAACAGACAGGCGUUCUCUAUGGAGCUGCAGAGAAAAUUACAAGAGCUUGAGUACACACGGUUGACCCUGCAUCAGGAGACUGAUCCUCCUCCAAGGAAGGUAAACGCGAAGCAGGGAGAGAAAGCAGAUGAGAUUGAAGCUGUAGAGCAUUCAAUCCUAAAUCAUAGAGAGCUCCUGCGCCAGGUCACUUCCUACCCAAACAGGAAGCUGAAACAUCCUGACUUCCUGCCUUACGACCCAGCCGACUCGCUCACUGAUCCAACAGCGUUACUGCCUCCUGAGCCCGGUCCCUCCCCCUCCCCCUCCUUCUCCUUCUCCUCCUCCUCCUGCAGGUCUGAGCGCCAUCUGAAGCCUCUCCAGGAGCUUUGCAACUCCUACUUCCUGUCUCUGAUGAAGGAGCAGCUCGCUGACACAGAGCGCCGUCUACGUGGCGACAGGAGUGUGCUGCGGACGACUAGCACCAUACAGUCGUUGUCCAGGAGGCUCACGCUCACCAACUUCCUGUUUGAGCUUUGGAGGCCAGAGGAGGGAUCUGAGGAGGAGCGAGAGAGCGCUGAGGCCGAGCUGCAGAGGGCGACGGGGAAUAAGAGCGGCGUCGAGGCCUUUCAAUCCGAACCAAUGAGCAUGGAGUCGUUCUGCUCCUGCGUGGAGGAGAUCCCCAUCAAAAUGGAGGCAGGAGAUGACAGGACAAUGACCCCUGACCCCAGCGUUGCCACGGAGAUGACGGGGAGUAUGAGCAGCAGCGACAGCAUCGAAGUGCUCGGGACGGAGAAGUCUUAUCAGACCCAGCAUGGCUCUGACAGCAGAGAAACCUCAGUCGGGAUGACGGACUCCUCUUACAGGCGAGCCGCAGUAGAUUCAGGCGUCAGGCGCGGCAGAGUGUACGCCAGACGAGCCAACAGUGAGGACAGCAUCGAGGUUCUGAGCACCACCGAGUCCAUCUGUCCUGACGACCUCACCGCCAUCACCGAGGAAGAGUCGGAUCAACAAGCUCUUACUAACGGCUUUGAGAAAGAGGAGGAAAUACUGGCAGAGUUUGAAUCUGACGAUGUCCUCAGGAAGAGGAAGACAUUCAAAGCAAGCACUUCAGUUUCUGAGGAUGAAAACGAGGAGCAGGCUCAGGAAUAUGACGGUCGUGUUAACGGAGAAGAGACCUCAAAGCAAAGAACUGUUAGUGGUGAGGUUAUAAUGAAAGAAGAGAAGGUCGUUGAAUGUUUGAUGAGCAAUCAUGUCCAUGAAGUGAACGGUCCAGAGAAGACGUCCAAACCAAUGCCAGAUGAAGUAACGGUGGAGUCGAAGCCUCGCUUGUCUGGAGUCCAUCGGACGGUGCGGUCGGUACUUGACCUUCAUGUGAACUUCACCCCUGCUCUAGCUCUGGCGGAGGUCGACCGCUGGUCUCCGCCCUGCUCUCCUCUCCGGCUGCUGAGCGUGGACGAGGCGUCCGACUGCACCAGCAUCACCGGCUCCACCGAGCCGCUGUCUCCAACUCAGAACGUCCACAGCAGCUCCCGCUCCCAUCGGAGGAGGAGGAGGAGGAAGGCCGGACUGAGAGCCCUCAGGUUCCUCAAACAGAACUCCUUCUCCCAGCAUGCCUUGUUUUGUCUCCUGAGCGGCCGGCCGCUGGUCGUCAUCGGAGGCGACGAGAGUUUGGUCAGGAAGCUGGUGGACGCUCUGAGUCUCUUCCUGCCGGCUCCAGGUCCUGAUGGGAGCGCUGUGAAGGCGUCUCUGACCGCAGCGCUGCAGCUGACUGACCUGCUCACCUGGAGACUGAUAGGAAUACACAGAUCCUCCUCCAGCUCUCUGGCCAGCAUCCUUCACUCUCUGACUCGCUACAGUCGUUACUUGGCGCUGUUGGACCUGGACCAGAGGACGCUGCAAUGUCCGUCGUACUCCGGCUCUCUGAUUGGUCGACUGGCUGACCCUCACUCUGGCAUCAGCCGAGGAAUCACCUACCUGCUGCACCUGGAGAGCUGCCUGACUGCACUGGCCAACCAGGCGCUGCUGUGCACCUUUAAACCUGCGUUACUACGUCCACACAAAGCUGGAGGGAACGAUGGCGCAGAGGAAAAGGACUUCCUGUUGAUGCGGGGAUUGUGCACCAGUGAGAAUGAUUUGAAAGUGAUGAACUUCCUGUGUGACCUCAUCAAACAGCGCCACGCAGGACGUGGACCACCGGUUUUAAGAUUCUCUUACAAUUCAAUGCACUUGCAUAAGAAUACAUAUACGGCAUAAACAAAUGAAGGACAGAAAUAAAAGACUAGUCAUGAAGAUAGUCUAUAAUAAUACCUACAGCAGAGCACUGAUUCAUCUAAGUUGUGUUGUCUGACACCGAAGAAUCAGGCUUUUAUGUUUUUAUUUGCAGUGAUGAAAGUUUGUGUGUAUGCAUGAUUUUUACUCCAUGAUGGCGUUGGUCAUGUAUCUUUAGGUUACUGGACACAAAUGCACAAGUGCCCCUCUGGCACCGAAGACUUUUACUGAUGCUGGCAGCCUCCACACAUGAAGUAUCAACUUUUAUUGGAGUGCGUUUUUAAACUGAAGGCUUAUUACUGAAUGACAUGUGAACUCUUUUAAAUUAAGAGAAUUGAGCCGCGUUUAAACAAUGUGUGAUUUAAAAAUAUUAGCCACCUAAAAAUCUGUAAUGUUUUGAGUGUAUUUAGAAUAUUUUAACAGCUUCAGCCUGCUGCCAGUCCUUUUCCUAGCAGGAACUAAAGCUGUUAUGUAUGCUGUCUUCAAGAUCACCAGAGUCAAUUGACAAAAAAACUAAAGUUGCUGGUUUAUUCUGCAUCAAUCAGUUCGUUUUUUUGUGUUGCUGUCACUUUGUUGAAUCAGAACUUACCCUUUAAAAUACCAAAGUUACACAAUAACAAAAACGCACCAAGGCAGAAUAGACCAGCAACUCCCAAAAUAACUAUUUUUGUCAAUGGUGGUUUUGAAGAGAACAUAGAUAACAUCUUCAGCUACUUACGGAAAAGGAUGAUGUCAAGGUCCAAUGAUAAUAUCCUUAAUAUAGCCUACCCUCAAAUUGUCUUGAGUAAUGUUUUUAGGUGGCUAAUACAUGUUUUUUACGCUGUCCUUGAGAUCAGAACAUUGCUUUGCUCGAGGGCUUGUGCUCUCUUGAACUGCAGAUCGCCAACUACUGUAGGUUAGAUACUGACUAUGGACAAGUGCCUCAUAAAACCCCACUUCAUUAAAUAUGAAAUGGCCCUUUAAACUCUGAACUGAAGCUAAUGACAAAGCCUUGUUUAACACUGUACUUUUGUGUUAUUUUACUGUUGCAAAUAUGAGCCAAUUUAAGGUGGUGUGCAUUUACUCUGAAGAUAAACAUUGUAUAUUUUCCAUUGGGAUUCAAUAUCAAGCAACAAAGCAAUAAAAACACCAUAAAAAAAAAAG